CGCUUAGUCAAUAUGACUGACUACCUUGGAAUAUUAUGGAUCGUUUGGGUUAUCAUCAUCAUCAUAGCUAUUCUAUUAGCUAUUAGGCGUGCUCGACGAGCCAUCGGCAAUAGAAACGCAUCGCCAGCAGCGGCUUAUACAGUAUAUUCGUCUCCAGGCUCUUAUCCUCCGCGCUAUGUCGUUGGAAAUGACUCGACAGAGCAACCAAACCCAUUGUCCUCCAUGUACUAUGGGGCUCCAUACCCCCAGCCACCACUUCGAAACAAUGCAACUCCUUCGUCCUCCGCAUACCAAAAGCCAGACAGCAGCUCGGUGAUCGAUAUACCUCCUCCGUCAUAUCAGGAGCAUUCGAAGGAUCUGAGACUGCCUAAACCUGUUUAAACGCUCCAUAUGCAAUGUGCCAUUUUUCUACAAUCUUGUUCAACUAGUCCGGCCAAAAACGAAGCAUAUGCAACUACCCCCCCCUAUCUCAUGUAAAUCCCACCAGUAACAUUUAACAACCUUGUAAUACCUAUCUUUGUAUAUUUUCUUGAAUUGUUACAAUAUAUUAUUUUUCGGAACCCCAUUAAUGCAUUCUCGGCCAGCCAGCGA